AUGGAAGAGAAGGAGGUUGAAUCGUCAGUUCAAUGCGAACAAUGCAUCGCCACCGCUAAAGUCACCCCUGAACGCCUAGGAGCCGAUGCCAUUCAGUAUCGGGUGACAACAUCUCGCAAGCUUCGGCCAAGCCUUUCCACACAGUUGAGCUACCGUAGAUCUCUCAAGGCUCAACCCGAGCACUGA